AUGGCGUGGCUUGGCCUGAAAGUGAUGAAACUAGUUUUUGUCAUGACAUUGCUUGCAUAUAGCCGAUGGUGCAGCUUGGCAUCUGAUAAUGGCAAGCAGUUCUGCUGUUGUAAAACUACAGAUAUAUUUCCUGUAAGCCCAGGGAAAGAAAGAGAGAUUCUGAAGAACCAGAAGGAAAAGACGAGUGAAGUGACGGAAAAACCAAAGAAACAACAAUUGAGCGAUGAAACAACUGUUGAGCCACGCCCUGAGACAAGCAAGCAGACGAUCAGAGAGAAGGAGAUUGACGACAUUAGAAGAAGCAUACUGACAACAAACCUGACCAAGGAAAAUGUCAAGGACAUGUGGCUUAAAAAACAACAGUCGAGGAGAGGACGUCGAAGGUGGUCCAGGAUGAGCAGCAACGCUCUCUCUGCGGUCAGAGCUACCUUGAUGAAAGAGUGUAAGUGCCAUGGUGUCUGUGGAAGCUGCUCAACCAAAACCUGCUGGAAGCAACUCGCUCUCUUUGAAAAAGUCGGCAACUACCUGAAAGAAAAGUACCUGAAAGCUAAAGAAGUCCGCGUGAAAAAAGAUAAACUGGUCCAGAAAAUCAAACCAAAAACUUUCCAACCAAUCGCCAAGAAAGACCGCAGCCUCGUCUUCAUUGAAUCAUCCCCAGACUACUGCCGUUACAACGCAACCGCUGGCUCACUUGGUGUCCUGGGUCGAGUAUGUUAUAGUGAUUCUCCAAACUAUGCAAAGUGUAAUAAUUUGUGCAUAGCUUGUGGUUAUAAUAUCCAAAAGAAGUUACUCGUUAGAUCAGUCAAAUGUGAAUGCUAGUUCGAAUAGUGUUGUAGGGUUAAGUGUAAGACGUGUAUGCAGCUUGCUGCCAUGACAACGUGCCAUAGAUAG